AUGGGUCUCGAUAUACCUUCGCUCAAUGCCAGUCCCCUUGCCAUCGGGGCCGUCGACCUGGUCCUGGCAUGUGUCCGCUACCUGACUGACACCGUGGGCCUGCUGGCGCGAGUGCACAGACCCACCCUCCGCUCCACCAUGCUGCGCUCCCUGGGCGCUCUGGCCUUCACCGCCCUCUUCUGUGUGCUGACGGUGGGCCUGGAGCGGGGCUGCCUGGCCUUCCUCGCAACGGGAGCGAGGCUGGUGGGGCGCCCAACGGCUUGA